AUGGAUUUCCAACUCUCUUCUCUCCCGACACUUUUCAGCUUACCCCUCUUUGUGUUUAUGGUAAUGAUCAUACUGAAAAGAUCAUCAAAACCCACAAACACUUCUUCAAAACUACCCCCAGGACCAUGGAAGUUGCCCAUCAUAGGAAAUUUGCACCAGCUUCUAAGCCCUUUUCCUCACCGUGUCUUAAAAGACUUGGCCAGGAAAUACGGACCCUUGAUGUAUGUGCGAAUCGGACAGGUUCCGACUUUAGUAGUUUCGUCUGCGGAGUUUGCGAAAGAGGUGAUGAGAACACAUGAUAUCAUCUUUGCUUAUAGACCAACCAUUCUAAUUUCGCAGACCCUGCUUUAUAAUUCUGCAGACAUUUUCUUUUCCCCAUACGGAGAGUAUUGGAGACAACUCCGAAAAAUUUGCAUGCAGGAGCUCUUGAGUGGUGCGAGAGUUCAAUCAUUUAGACCCGUUAGAGAGGAAGAGAUGUCAAAUCUAGUGCAAGGGAUUGCUUCAAAUGUUGGCUCUGCCAUCAAUCUCACAGAGAGAAUCUUCUCUUCAAGUUACACAAUCACGGCACGAACAGCCUUCGGUAAGAAAAGCAAAGAUCAAGAUGAGUUCAUAUCGAUCGUUAUGGAAGGUACAAAGAUAGGAUCGGGAUUUGAUCUUGCAGAUGUGUUUCCCUCUUUCGGUUUUCUCGAUCCUCUUCUCUUUGGGAGGAGGGCUAAACUCGAGAAGCUACACCGAAAGAAUGACAGGAUACUUAGUAACAUCAUCAAUGAACAUGACAAGGAGAAGCCAACAGCAAAAAGUAGUGAAAGUGAAACUGUGACCGAAGAUCUGGUAGAUGUUCUUCUAAAGUUUCAUAACAACGACUCUGGGUUUUCCCUAACAACUGACAACCUUAAAGCAAUAAUCUUUGACAUUUUUGCUGCCGGCACUGAGACAUCUGCUACCGGUUUGGAUUGGGCAAUGGCAGAGCUGAUAAGGAAUCCAAAAGUCAUGAAGAAAGCACAAAACGAGGUGAGAGAAGUUUUUUGUAGAAAAGGAUCGAUUGAUGAAACGGCCAUUAGUGAGAUGAAAUAUUUGAAAUCUGUCGUCAAAGAGACACUAAGGUUACAUCCUUCUGCUCCCCUUAUUACAAGAGAAUGUGGAGAAAAAUGUGAGAUUAAUGGUUACGAAAUACCUGCGAAAACUAGGGUAGUGAUUAAUGCAUGGGCAAUUGGAAGAGACCCCAGAUAUUGGACCGAUCCCGAGAGUUUUAUACCAGAGAGGUUUCUUGAUAGCCCUCUUGACUACAAAGGAACAAAUUUUGAAUAUAUUCCAUUCGGGGCUGGAAGGAGAAUAUGCCCGGGCGUGUCUUUUGGUGUGACUAAUAUUGAGGUUCCUCUUACAAUGUUGCUCUACCAUUUUGAUUGGAAGCUCCCGGCCAGUGGAAUGAAACAUGAGGUUUUGGACAUGACCGAGGUUUUCGGCACAACAGUUCGUAGAAAAGAGGAUUUGCACUUGGUUCCCAUUGCUUAUGACUUGUCACCUAUUGAAAAAACGGCCGCUGAAAUUACGUAA